AUGGAUAAAGAGAAGAAAAUACAGCUUAAGAGAAAUUUUGGAUAUUUCAGGGGCACAAGCUUUUUAAUUAUUAAUAUAAUUGGUGCAGGGAUUUUUGUGUCUCCUAAAGGGGUUUUGGAGUAUACUUGCAUGAACGUGGGCCUCUCCCUGUGUGUUUGGGCCAUCUGUGCCGUGUUGUCCUUGACAGAAUCUCUCUGCUUUGCAGAGAUAGGAAUAACCUUCCCAUACAGUGGAGCUCACUAUUAUUUUCUCAAGAGAUGCUUUGGCCCCUUGAUCGCUUUCCUGACACUUUGGACAAGCUUGUUCGUGGGGCCAGCGGUAAUUGCUACCCAAGCCCUGCUUCUUGCUGAGUACAGCAUCCAACCUUUUUAUCCCAGCUGCUUAACACCAAAACUACCAAAGAAAUGUCUAGCCCUGGCCAUGUUGUGGAGUGUGGGAAUUCUGAAUUCUCGAGGUGUGAGAGAAGCAGCCUGGCUUCAGAUGGUAAGCACAAUGCUGAAAGUGGCCAUACUUGGCCUUAUUUCCCUCAGUGGAGUGUUCAUGCUGGUGAGAGGCAAGAAGGAGAAUGUAGAAAGAUUUCAGAAUGCUUUUGAUGGUGAGUUUCCAGACAUCUCCCAGAUAAUAGAAGCCAUCUUCCAAGGAUAUUUUGCAUUUUCAGGCGGGGGAAACUUAUCGUUCAUAGCAGGAGAGCUGAAGAAACCCAGCAAAACCAUUCCCAAAUGCAUAUUUACAGCAAUACCUCUGGUGACUGUUUUGUUUUUACUGGUUAACAUUUCCUACCUGACUGUUCUGACACCCAGAGAAAUUCUCUCUUCAGAUGCUGUGGCUAUUACAUGGACUGAUCGAAUGAUCCCCCAAUUAACAUGGAUUAUUCCUUUUGCUAUUUCUGCUUCAUUAUAUAGCAACAUUCUGGUUAAUGUGCUUGACUCAACAAGAGUGACAUAUAUUGCAGGCCAACAAGGCCAGCUGCCUUUGUUAUUUAAUACACUUAACAUUCACUCCUCUCCACUAAUGUCUGUACUACUAAUUGUUGCUCUAGCAUCCACUGUGAUUGUCUUAACAAACCUAAUUGAACUGAUAAACAAUCUUUAUUUCAUGAUUUCUAUAUGGACCGUAUUAACAAUGAUGGGAAUACUAAAACUGAGAUACCAGGAGCCGAAUCUACAUAGACCUUAUAAGGUGUUUUUGCCAUUUACAUUCAUAACAAUGGCCAUCAGCCUGGGCAUGGUUUUGAUACCAUUGGUAAAGUCUCCCAAGAUGCAUUAUAUCUAUGUCUUUUUGUUUCUUCUCAGUGGAUUGCUGUUUUACAUACCUUUAGUAUAUUUUAAAUUGAAGUUGGUUUGGUUUGAGAAGAUGACUUGCUAUUUACAAUUACUAUUUAAUGUUUGCAUUCCUGAUGUAUCUGAUGAAGAGACAGAAGUAGAUACUUAA